AUGUUUUCUGAUAAUGCAGCGAAGGUUCGGAGCCCAACUCCUGUGCCGAACCUGCGUCAGUGCUACCUGCAAGCCCAAGGGCCCCAGCAAAAUGUGGCACGCGACGAACCCCGUGGACGCGAGCCGUGCUACCAUGCUCACAAGUUGAAGCAGCAGCUACUAGCCAAGCAGGCACAUGCGGUGGAACCCUUCCGUAAGGUGAAGGGACAAUGGGUCGACUACUGGAGCGAGUACCACAGGUGUUGGAUCCCGGCGUCGAUACUGGAUGUUGACCCUGAGUCCGGUGGAAUCGUGCUCGAUGUAAAGCCUGGUACGGCCUUGCGCUUGCACGACCAGUGGAAGAUUCGUCCCCGGCGAAUGCCCACGCCAGAGCAGGUUUCGGCGGUGCACAGCAUGCUGGCCAACGUGGAGCUGGAGCUGCAAGCUGAGAGGUUCUUCUCUGAGAUUGGGCGAGCAAAGACAGAAUCCAUUCAAAGCCUCGAAGAUGUGAUGAAGCUUGGGGACAAGGUGAACUGCUUCGUUGGCCUUUUGGGCUGCCAGGUUCACCUAAAGGUCAAGAUGCAAAGCCAGGGUUUCCUGUCGUUUGACGACUUUCGCAUGAUCUUCUCGGAUGUUGCGCAUCUCCAGCAGGACAUGUCUGUUCAGGCGUUACAGAAGGACGUUGCUGAGACAGCCAUUCCUGGCACCCCCGACUCUCGCUACCAGAUCUGUGGGACACUGGGCAAGGGCACCUACGGUGAAGUUGUCAAAGCAAAGGACAAGCAGACGAGGCAGACACGAGCCAUCAAAAUCAUCAACAAGGAGAAGGUGCAUGGAGACAUGGCGUUCUUGAAACAAGAGAUUCAAAACCUGAUUCAGCUGGACCACCCCCACGUUCUCAAACUUCUGGAAUUUUACAACAGCGAGGACCGGAUUUUCCUGGUAACGGAUCAUUGCUCUCGUGGCGAGCUGCACAAGCACAUCUGCGAUGCCAGGGACUCGCGGAAGCCCAUCCCGCAGGUCUGGAUCGCUCACGUUGUGCAGCAGCUCCUCUCUGCCGUGACCCACAUCCAUGCGAACGGUAUCAUUCACCUGGAUGUCAAGUCUCAAAAUAUUAUGCUGAUGCCGGCUCUGGAGACGAAGAUGCGCUUCGUCCAAGCCGAGCCGAACGAGGCUGUGUGCUCGAUUGACAUCUUCAAGGAGCUUCCUCACAUCAUUGUCAUCGACCUUGGUGUCGCCACAAUUUUCCAGCCUGGCAACUUCAAGCGUGGCAGCCCCAUGGGUACGCCAUCUACCAUGGCGCCUGAAGUCUGGCGUGGAGAGAUCACACCGAAGGCUGAUGUUUUCAGCUGCGGCUGUGUGCUUUUCGAACUUCUCAGUUUCCAAAUGCCCUGGGACUUCAAGUACCGCGGGAACAAGCAGGAGGCAAGGAAUUUCUGGGAGGCCAGGCCGCGACCUCACUGGGAGAGGGUGCAGCGUGCACCGGUCGAUGCUCAAAGCCUGAUGGCAAAGAUGCUGGAGCAGGAGAGGCCCAAGCGCAUGAACGCCGCUGAUGGUCUCAGGGAGCCCUUCGUGAGUCUUGCCUCGGACGGCAUCCCGGUCACACAGAUGGAGAAAGGGCUCAAGCUGAUCAACCGCUUGGUGACCACCUGCGAGAGAGAUGCCUUUUACAAGCUCAUCUGCCUCAAAAUAGCGCAGGACUGGCCUCCGAACGAGAUGCCUUCCUUCAAGAGUGUGUUCAAAGAGUUUGAUGACGAGGGCACCGGUAUGCUCCAGGACUCUGUCUUGGUCCGCAAGUUCGUCAGCUGCGGCUAUGAGGAACAACAGGCCAAGCGUGCUGCGGUGGCCAUGAAUCUCAGCCAGAACAAGAAUGCCGUCGACUGGACCGAGUUCGUGGCUGCAUGCAUCGACCUGGGUAACCCGAAGCUGGAACCUUCCAUCCAUCUUAUCUUCCACAAUGCCGACAAGGACAACGAUGGUCUUCUUUCCAUGGAGGAUGUUCAGUCUCUUCUGCCGGAGGCACAUCGCAAUGCGAGGGAGGCGGCGCAAGGAAUCUUCAUCCAGAUCACCGGCAGAGCGUCGGAGACCGGUGGGGAGCGCAUGGACUGGCAUUCCUUCGUGAGCUACCUACGAAGGCAAGCACGUGCAGGAAUGCCCGAGGAGCCUAUCGCCGAGGUGACUGAGUCAGAGAACUCACCGGAUCCGAAGGUCCAAAAUCAGGACAUCCUCCGCAACGUGACAGAUGCGAUCCGGGCAACGGCUGCGGAAGCCAUAAGUACGUUAAGUAGUGUGGGCCACAACUGGUUCGGUGCGAAGGAUUCGAGUUCCGAGCGAGGCUAUGGCGGCUACGCUGGUUACGCUCCAGGUCCCCCCGAAGACAAGGUGCUGCGGCACUUGUUGGAGAUGGGCUAUGAGGAGCCUGCCGUCAAUGCCAAAGUCUUGCAAUGGUGCAGGCAGCAGAGCUGCACCGCCAUUCAGCUGGAUGAUCGCCUUUAUACGGAGCUUGACAGGCAAUAUGCCCAUCUUCGAGCGAGGCGUGCUGCCUCUCCGGGUCGAGCACUUCAGGCAGCAAAGCCAGUGCCGGCCUGA